UAAGUUUUCUUUCUUCACAUGAUUAACUAAAACCUGCAAGAUAUAAGACCAUACAGUGUUACAUUUAUCUAUCUAGUAGUAAAUUGAAGAUAUAUAUAUAUAUAAUAAAAUGAGUUGCAACGGUUGCCGAGUUUUGAGAAAGGGAUGCAGUGAGGAUUGCAUGUUACGAGAUUGUCUAACGUGGAUACAAAAUCCACAAGCACAGGCUAACGCCACUGUCUUUGUCACCAAGUUCUUUGGCCGUGCCACCCUCAUGUCUUUCCUUUCACCUGUUCAUCCCAACCAAAGAUCAUGUUUGUUCCAGUCGCUUAUGUAUGAAGCUGUUGGGAGAACUAUAAAUCCAGUAAAUGGAGCAGUUGGGCUGUUAUGGACUGGAAAGUGGCAAUUCUGUCAACUUGGUGUUGAACAAGUGCUGAGAGGUAACGGCGGCGCGUUGACGGCACUCCCUGAUCAGUUGUUAGGUGUGGAUCAUGAUAGUAGUUCAAUUCAUCAUCAAUAUCACCAACAGCAAUCUGGGUUGAUGUCAUACUCUAGAGUGGUGAAAAACCAAGCAGAAAAGCAACGUGCGGGGACACAUGAGUCAGAGGAAUCGGAGUCUUCCACGUUGGGAAGUAGAACAAGAACAGAAGAUUGUUCUUAUGUUUAUGCUAAUUCUCAAACUCAAAGGAACCAACUCCUUACACUAUUCUUAUGAUCGAUCUCAUGCCUUUUUUCUUUAUUUAUUCUUAAUUUUGAAAUUAAUAUCCCAUAACUUUAUAUAUUGAAAAUUGCUCUGUUCAGAGUAUUAUGGUAAAUAAUUGUCACCACCAAGUAUUUUUCUAUAA